GGGUAGUUUCGGCAUUCUAGGAAGCAAGACGACACUCUUUGCUAAAACCCUAGAAUAGAAUAUGACCUUGCGCGCUCAUUAGUUCAGUUCUCCUCCACAAGCCAGAAGGCCUAAACUGCUCAGCCGAAACUUGAAGAAGAGGUGGCCAUACACAAUGGGUGCCUACAAGUACGUGUCGGAGAUAUGGAGGAAGAAGCAGUCGGAUCUGAUGAGGUUCGUACAGAGGAUCAGGUGCUGGGAAUACCGUCAACACCCUUCGAUUGUGCGUGUAACACGCCCCACUCGCCCUGAUAAGGCUCGUCGAUUGGGUUACAAGGCCAAGCAGGGAUUUGUAAUUUACCGUGUUCGUGUCAGACGUGGUGGACGCAAGAGGCCAGUUCCUAAGGGUAUUGUGUAUGGAAAACCCACAAACCAGGGAGUCACCCAGCUAAAAUUUCAGCGCAGUAAGCGAUCAGUCGCAGAAGAACGAGCUGGACGUAAAUUGGGUGGUCUCAAGGUUCUUAACUCUUACUGGAUCAACGAGGAUUCUACGUACAAGUAUUUUGAGAUAAUCUUGGUUGAUGCUGCUCACAAUGCAAUCCGUAACGACCCAAGGAUCAACUGGAUCUGCAAUCCUGUUCACAAGCACAGAGAGCUUCGUGGACUCACUUCUGCUGGAAAGAAAUACAGAGGUCUGCGCGGUAAGGGACACCGAUACCACAAAAACAUGCCAUCCAGGAGGGCAACAUGGAAGAAAAACAACACCGUCUCUCUUCGACGUUACCGUUGAUAAUCGCCAUGACUUUGAUGGUGCACAGAUCUGUAACUGUUUUAUCUUCAGCUGUAGGAAGUUUAAGCCGGAAAAGACUAUCUCCAUAUUUUUAUUAUUUUAUUGCUGAGACAUGGUCAGUCAUAUUGUUGUUUUGGCUGUGAAGUUUUGUUCUUAGUAAUUUAGUUUUUGAAUUUUCACAUGUUAUAUCGGCCUGUGUAAUCAUUCCCAAUGGUUUGAUUUGAAUUUUUUGUUCUUAAACAUAGUCAACUAUUUGGUGUC